CUCCCGCGAGCUCGCGGCGCAGCAGCAGAAGACCGAGGAGCGCCGCCGAGGCCGCGGGCCCCAGACCCGGGCGGCCGGGACCGCAGCGACGGCAGAACCAGGGCCGGCGGUCUGAUCCCGCUCCGCGAUCGCACCCCGGGGAUCUCGAGGGCCUCGACGCCCAACUUUUCCCCGCUCUCCCUCCCCUCCCCCGAAAGUCCAGCAACAAAGAAAAGGAGUUGGAGCGGCGGCGGCGACGCGGGGGCGGCGGUCCGUGGGCGCGCAGCUCAGAGGCGUACAGUUAUGGCCACCCAGGUGAUGGGGCAGACUUCUGGAGGAGGCAGUCUCUUCAACAACAGUGGCAACAUGGGCAUGGCCUUACCAAACGACAUGUACGACCUGCACGAGCUCUCGAAAGCUGAACUGGCAGCCCCUCAGCUCAUCAUGUUAGCCAACGUGGCCCUGACUGGGGAGGCAAGCGGCAGCUGCUGCGAUUACCUGGUCGGUGAAGAGAGGCAGAUGGCCGAAUUGAUGCCCGUGGGAGACAACCACUUCUCAGAAAGUGAAGGAGAAGGCCUGGAAGAGUCGGCUGACCUCAAAGGGCUGGAAAACAUGGAACUGGGAAGUUUGGAGUUAAGUGCUGUAGAACCCCAGCCCGUAUUUGAAGCCUCAGCUGCCCCAGAAAUAUACAGCGCCAAUAAAGAUCCCGCCCCAGAAACACCCGUGGCGGAAGACAAAUGCAGGAGUUCCAAGGCCAAGCCCUUCCGGUGUAAGCCGUGCCAGUACGAAGCCGAAUCUGAAGAGCAGUUUGUGCAUCACAUCCGGGUUCACAGUGCUAAGAAGUUCUUUGUGGAGGAAAUUGCGGAGAAACAGGCCAAAGCCCGGGAGUCGGGGUCGUCCCCGGCCGAAGAGGGCGAGUUCUCCAAAGGCCCCAUCCGCUGUGACCGCUGUGGCUACAAUACCAACCGGUACGACCACUACACGGCACACCUGAAGCACCACCUGCGAGCUGGCGAGAACGAGUGCGUCUACAAGUGCGUCAUCUGCACGUACACGACCGUGAGCGAGUACCACUGGAGGAAACACCUGAGAAACCAUUUCCCCCGGAAGCUCUACUCCUGCAGCAAGUGCAAUUACUUCUCAGACAGAAAAAAUAACUACGUGCAGCACGUGCGGACCCACACAGGAGAACGCCCGUAUAAAUGUGAACUUUGUCCUUACUCAAGCUCUCAGAAGACUCAUCUAACGCGACACAUGCGGACUCAUUCAGGUGAAAAGCCAUUUAAAUGUGAUCAGUGCAAUUACGUGGCCUCUAAUCAGCAUGAAGUGACCCGACAUGCAAGACAGGUUCACAACGGGCCUAAACCUCUUAAUUGCCCUCACUGUGACUACAAAACAGCAGAUAGAAGCAACUUCAAAAAGCACGUGGAGCUGCAUGUUAACCCACGGCAGUUCAACUGCCCCGUGUGUAACUACGCGGCUUCUAAGAAGUGUAAUUUACAGUACCAUUUCAAAUCUAAGCAUCCCACCUGUCCCAGCAAAACAAUGGAUGUCUCCAAAGUGAAGCUAAAGAAAACCAAAAAGAGAGAGGCUGACCUGCUUAAUAACGCUGUCAGCAACGAGAAGAUGGAGACUGAGCAAACAAAAACAAAGGGGGAUGUGUCUGGGAAGAAGAACGAGAAACCUGUAAAAGCUGUGGGAAAAGAUAUUUCAAAAGAAAAGAAGCCUGGUAGCAGUGUCUCAGUGGUCCAGGUAACUACCAGGACUCGGAAGUCAGCGGCGGCAGAGACUAAAGCAGCAGAGGUGAAACACACAGACGGACAAACAGGAAACAAUCCAGAAAAGCCCUGUAAAGCCAAGAAAAACAAAAGAAAGAAGGACGCUGAGGCCCAUCCCUCCAACGUGAACGAGGGACCAGUGACAAAAAAGAAAAAGAAGUCCGAGAGCAAAUCCAAAACCAGUACAGACGCGCCAAAGGGCGGCGGCAGAGCGGAGGAGAGGCGAGGGGACAAGAAGCAAAGCGCUUCCGUUAAGAAAGGCGCAAAGAAGACGCCGCCCAAGACCAAGACAAGUAAAAAAGGUGGCAAACUUGCUCCAAAGGGGAUGGGGCAGACAGAACCUUCUUCUGGGGCAUUGGCUCAAGUGGGGGUGUCUCCAGACCCCGCCCUCACUCAGGCGGAGGUCACCGGGUCAGGAUCUUCUCAGAUGGAGCUUCCUUCACCCAUGGAUAUUGCUGAGUCAGAGCCCGCCCAGACGGAGGUUUCCCUGACAGGGCCACCUCCGGUGGAGCCUGCUCAAAUGGAGCCAUCGCCGCCUGCGAAACCUCCCCAGGUAGAAGCACCCACCUACCCCCAGCCUCCCCAGAGGGAGCCUGCCCCUCCCACGGAGCCUGCUGAGAUGGAACCUUCCCCUCCCGAGGAGCCUUCCCAGAAGGAACCACCUCCCAGUAUGGAGCCUCCCCGUCCUGAGGAGCUGCCUCAGGCGGAACCACCUCCUAUGGAGGAUUGUCAGAAGGAGCUGCCUUCUCCCGAGGAGCCCGCUCAGACCGAGGAGCCCGCUCAGACUGAGGUUGCUCAGCCGGCUCCUACGCAGGUGGGGUCUGUUCAGGAGGAGCCCCCUCCUGUCUCACCUGAGCCGCCUCAGGUGAAGCCAACCAAAAGGUCAUCUCCCCGGAAAGACAGUGCAGAGAAGGAGCUGAGCCUGCUGAGUGAGAUGGCACGGCAGGAGCAGGUCCUCAUGGGGGUUGGCUUGGUGCCUGUUAGAGACAGCAAGCUUCUGAAGGGAAGCAAGAGCGUCCAGGACUCCCCAGCCCCACCGUCACCACCACCAAAGGGAAACUCGAGGGAAGAGACACCCAAGGACCAAGAAAUGGUCUCCGAUGGGGAAGGAACUAAAGUAUUCCCUCUCAAAGGAGGACCAGAGGAAGCCGGAGAGAGUCCAGCUGAGUUGGCUGCUCUCAAGGAGUCUGCCAGUGUUUCAUCCUCGGAACAAAACUCAGCCAUGCCAGAGGGUAGAGCAUCACACAGCAAGUGUCAGACUGGCUCCUCUGGGCUUUGUGACGUGGACGUGGACACUGAGCAGAAGACAGACAGUGUCCCCAUGAAAGACUCCACAGCAGAGCCAGUGUCCCCUCCUACCCCAACAGUGGACCGUGAAGCAGGGUCACCAGCUGUAGUGGCCUCCCCUCCUAUCACGUUGGCUGAAAACGAGUCUCAGGAAAUUGAUGAAGAUGAAGGCAUCCACAGCCAUGAUGGAAGUGACCUGAGCGACAACAUGUCCGAGGGGAGUGACGACUCAGGACUGCACGGGGCUCGGCCGACACCACCAGAAGCUACGUCAAAAAAUGGAAAGGCAGGGUUGGCUGGUAAAGUGACUGAGGGAGAGUUUGUGUGUAUUUUCUGUGAUCGUUCUUUUAGAAAGGAAAAAGAUUAUAGCAAACACCUCAAUCGCCAUUUGGUGAAUGUGUACUUCCUGGAAGAAGCAGCUGAAGAGCAGGAGGAGCGGGAGGAGCCGGAGGAGCGGGAGUAGCGGGAGUAGCUGAGCCUCGGCAGAAGCAUCGUGCAGACUUUGUGAGCAUGCAAUUUUAAUUUGACUGUAGACAAACGCAAGCUUGCUUUAAUUAGUCUCCAGCGCUGAGUUUUCAGUAACAUUCUUUUUCUUAGGACUGUACAUCUGUUUAGUGCUUGUUGCAUAAAUCUUAGCAAAUCCUAGGGAGUUAAUGUAAGAGGACAGAUACAUAGCUAGCUCGUGCAGGCAGGUGCAAGGAGAAGGGUAGGAUGGUGGAACACACCACUUGCCUUGCCUGCCUACAACCUGUUGGGUUUUCUCUUUUCACGNUAGUUCCUAAUUUUUAGUUCCUUGUUUAGAUCGAUACAAAUUGGCUUAGUAAAUUACUUGAAGAAUUUGCCUG